GUUCGAGCACAAGUCCUGCAUAGCGCUUAUCGAUAGGCAAGGCCAAGCGUCGAAGCCGUUUGUGCGGAGGCGCGAGGCCAACAUGAAGCUACGCCCCUCUUGUGCGCUGGGGCUUGAGCAUUGAGCGCAAAAAUGUCAAACAGAAACGAGGGCGCGGACGUGUCGAGGAAGGGCUCGUCGCCCUUCAUUUCUCCUCGGGUGAAUGCGCCGAAUGUGGGCCUCUACAGGGCACCGCUGGUUAAACCACGACCACGGGCGCCGGAGAAGGACAAACCGGCUGACAAUGCCAAGCCGAAAGCCUCGUCCCUCUUUGAGGCCUUGAGGGCGCAAAACCCGGAGGUUGAUGAGUCUGAACUCCUUCAGGGAACAGACCUGCAAGAAAAGCAGCGCAAAUACUUGCAGGAGAAGAAGCAACAAAAGGUCCUUGAGCGGCUUGAGCGGCGAGCAGAAGUCGGGCCCGGGGGUCUUGCACUGGGUGGGCGGAGGCGCAGCAGCGAGAUCGGCGAACCGGCUGGGCCGCCGGCGGGACACCACCACCACCCACACCACCACGGCGGGGAGCACGACGGGGCGCGCCGCAGCCUGGAGAAGCGGCCCAGCGACAACCGGCGGGGUAGCCAGGAGCAGCGGAGAAGCAGCCUGGAGGUGCGACGGCGCAGCCAGGACAGACGCGCUAGCUUGGAGGCUGCUGAGGGUGCGCCGGCGGCCGAGCAGUCGGGUGCGUCCAACAGGAGCUUGCCGCGGCAUGGCUCCGAGGCACCCUCGGAGGGGCGCCGCAGCGAGGACCGGCGGCGAAGCGUGGAGCGGCGGCGAAGCAUCGAUAUCAGCGAGGGCGAGGGGGCAGGGGGCUCGGGCUCACGUCCGGUGGCACCGGCGCCGGCGGCUCCGCUGCACCCUGGCACCAGCGCCGGUGGCUCCGCGGCAGCCCAGACGCAGGCAGACGUCGCGAUGCUGCUGGCUCAGGACCCCAAGCUGCAGGCUGCGUAUGACAGCUACAUGGCCUCGCAGCUGAUGUCAUCGCUCACAGAGGAUGAGAUGUUCGCAGCCACCAGCGCGCUGGGUGCCGUACAGAAGGCCUACGCGUCCAACAACGGCGUGCGGCGGCCCACGUCGCCCUCGCCUGGCGUUGAGGCUGCCGGGCCGUCGGGGGCGUCACAGCACGCGGGGGCGGGCGACAAAGAUGUGCUGGCGGCGGCUGGGGUCACGGACGCGCGGCGCAAGCGGCGCAGCAGUGGGGCCUCGUGCAGUGAUAUGCUGGGCGAGGGCUUGGGCGAGCGGGAGCACUCAGUGGCGCGGUCAGGGCACUCAGGUUCCGCACGGCCGGGCAGCAGCCUGGCCGGGCGGCAGGAUGGCGAGGCGGAGUCAGGGCGUGGCACGCCGCUGCAGCAGCAUCCGACGCUGCCGUCAGGCAAGGUACCGCUUCUGGACUCGGACGAUUUCGGCGGGCCGCCGCUGCCCACGUCCGCCGCAGCAGUCGCGGCGGCGCUGGCGCUUGUGGAGGUGAAGCCGCUCGCGGACCACAUCCAGCGAGAUGAUGAGCACCUGCCACCCUUGCUUGGGCCCCCGCCGGGUGCGCCGCUGCAGCCGGCGCCGCCGCCCGGCGCGGCGGCAGCUGCGGCUGCUGCGACCGCCGGUGGCGUGGGUGGCGCGGACGUCACGAAAGACAACAAGGACGGGAAGGACGGGGCGCUUCAGCAGCAGGACAGCAACAACUCGCUGGGCACGUACGACGAGUUUGGCGACCUGGGCCAGUACUCCGGGCUGCGGCGCACGUGCAUUAAGCUGUGCUCCAACCCCGACUUUGAGAUGGUGGUCACCGCCAUCAUCUUCGCCAACUGCGUGACACUGUGCCUGUACGACCCGCGGCAGCCGGAGAGCUCAGGGCUGAACAAGAAGCUGUUCUGGGCAGAGCUGGCGUUCAACAUCUGCUUCUCCAUUGAGAUGCUGCUGCGCGUCGUGUCCAUGGGCUCGCUGCUUGGCUACAUCCGCCGGCCCUGGAACCAGUUCGACAGCUUCAUGGUUGUGGCCGGCUACACGGUAUUCGUGCCCGGCAACUCCUCCGCCGUGAACGCCAUCCGAGCGCUGCGAGCACUGCGGCCGCUGCGCACCAUCACGCGCUUCGAGUCGUUACGCGGCGUUAUCGUGUGUUUCCUGGAGGCCAUUCCGCUGCUGGCGUCCGUGGGCGGCCUCCUGAUCUUCUUCGUGUUCAUGUACGCGGUGGCGGCGGUGCAGCUGUUCCCCAAGACCUACCACAACACUUGCCUGGACCCGGAGGGCGUGCCGCUGAACAUGGGCGAGGACCCCGACAUGUUCGGCUGCGGCGGCCGCGGACACUGCCCCGCCAACUACACCUGCAUGCUGCUGGAGCACCAGCACACGGUCAAUGUGGCGGGCUUCGACAACGCCGGUCUGGCCAUGCUGAGCGUGUGGCAGGCGCUGACGCUGACGGGCUGGGUGUUCAUGAUGUACCGCACCAUCGACACCUACUCGCUGUACGUGGUCAUCUACUACCUCACGCUAGUGGUCAUUGGCGCCUACUUCGUGCUGAACCUGUUCCUGGCUGUGCUCAAGAUCAAGUUCGCCAAGGCCCAGACGCUGUUCCACAACCAGCUGGCGCUGCAGCGCGGCAAGGCGCGGCGCAACUCCAUCAUGACCUUCAUGAGCCGCGUGCAGACCAAGUGGACCGAGUACAGCUCCAAGCGCAGCCAAGCCUCAUCGCUCAACAGCCGGCUGACCUCCGCCAUCAGCUCCAAGAUGACCUCCGUGGCGUCGGCCGGCUCGCCGCGCAUGUCACAUGAUGGCAAGGAGGCGGAGGGAGAGGGCAGCAAGGCCAAGCGGCACGGCAGCAAGGACAAGCUGGGGAGCGAGAAGGGCCACGCAGGCAGGCGGCGGGGCUCGGCAAAUGGCAGCGCAUACGAGCAGCGCAGCGCAGACGGCUUCCUACCGGGCAGCGUGGAAGCGGAGGGCGGGGGCGAUGAGGUGGGCGGCGCACGUGCGCGUGUGGAGGUGGGCAGCGCCGGCGGCUACCUCGCAGCCAGCAAGGGCGCCGGCAGCCUGCAGGCCUCGCGUGAAGGCACACGGGACGGCGUCGGAUCCAAGCCGGAGUGGACGCAACUCGAGCCGCUCCCGCGGCCCGGAUCGCCAGUGAACGCCGCUGAUCGCGGCGCGGCGCGCUCGGCGCUGGCGGGCAGCCGCCCCAGUAGCGGCACGCCCAGCAGCCGGCAGCUCAGCUGCAGCAGCUCGCGCGUGGCCUUUAUGCCGGCGCCUGGCGAGCCGGUCGAGCCCGCUGCUGCGGCUCCACCACAUGCUGCAGCUGCGGGCGCGGUGUCGCCGCGCACGACGGCGAGCCAGCUCAAUGACCCCUCCCCGCGCGGCCCGGUUCGCAUACCCAGCCGGUUGGGCCGCGUGGCGCAAAUGGAGGCAGGGUCUGGGACGGACGUUCCGCAAGUGGGCGGGCCAGUUGCGGAGGCGUCGGAGCUAGGGCUGCAUCAAAGCAGCGACACGGAAGCUUUUAUGGUGUUGAGGCACCGAGGCGAUGGUGCCGCAGGCGCGCUGUCCGGGCACGGCACGCAUGUUGCGAGCAUGAGCGCACCGCGCAGCUCGUGUGUGACGCCGUCGGCUGUGCUUCUCGGGACCGCCAGCGGGUGCAGCGCAGGCGACAGCCUGCGGACAUCAGUCAAUAGCCCGGCCGCAGCUGCGGCGCCCGCUCCAGCAUUGGGGUUGGGGUCACGAUUGGUGGCGUUGCUGCCAUCAUUCAUGACGUCCGCUGCGGUGGGGCCAAGUGAGACGCCACGCUGGUGGGACAACGCGGCAUGGGUGCAGCAGGACGGCAGCACUCGCAACUUGCAGGCACGACACCCAUCUACAGCGGGCCCUCGGCAGUCGCCAGACGGCGCUGUGUCAUCGAGGGCGCGGGCGGCGCCGCUGCUGCUGCUGGCAUCUGGGAGGGACGAUGGCCGCUCACGCAACGGCUGGGUUGGGCCUGGGCCUGUUGCAGAGGGCGUGCGCUUCGCUGGCGGCGACGACGAGCCCGGCAACGAGGGCGACCACCCCAGUGCGCGUACGGGUCCGCGCGGGGGUGGCGGCGUGCGCUUCGGUGACGAGCCGGCUUCGGAGCCCGGCGGCCACGGCAGCGACCCCACUUCUCCACACUUAGGCGCAGGCGAGUACACACACCGCAGCAGCGGCGGGCAGGGCAGCGCUACCGGCGAGAUCAUGUACAGCCCGCACGAGGCGCGCACCGGCAGCGGCCUGCAGGGCCCUGCUGGAGGCGACGGGGUGGGCGGCGCGGGCGGCCGCACCUCAAGCGCGGACGGCCUGCGGCCCGCGGCCAGUGCCGAGCUGGGCGAGCGCACCUACAGCGCGGCGCCCAGCAGCAUGGGUGCCACCAAUGUGGCCAUGAUUGUCAUGUCGCCGGCCGAGUUCGACGAAUUCAUCGCGGACCACCCGUACACGCAGCGCCAGUACCUGCGCCUGCAGUACCGCGUUCGCAUCUUCGUUAACCACAACCUCUUCAACCAGUUCUUCAUGCUGCUCAUAUUCCUUAACACCAUCUUCCUGUCACUUGAGUACCACAACCAGCCCGACAGCCUGACCCAGGCGCUCAACGUGGGCAACCUCACGCUCACCGUCCUGUUCACCAUUGAGAUGGUGCUCAAGCUGUUCGGCCUGGGCUUCUGGGACUACAUUCGGGACGGCUUCAACAUCUUCGACGCGCUGGUGGUGACCAUCUCGCUGCUUGAGAUCGUGCUGUCCUCGGUGGGCGGCCUCAACGCCGUCCGCGCGCUGCGUGUGCUCAAGGCACUGCGUGUGUUGCGUCUGUUUAAGCUCUUCCGCUACAUGCAGUCGCUGCGCCGCAUUGGCGAGGUGCUGCUGUCCGCCGCGUCCAGCUUCAUGGCCAUCGCCACGCUGCUCAUCCUGUUCUGGAUGGUGUUUGCCAUCGUGGGCAUGCACGUGUUCGGUGACAAGGACCUGGACACCUUCCCCUGGCCCAACUUCUCCACCUUCCUGUACAGCUUGGUGGCGACGUGGAACGUGCUAAACCUGGAGAACUGGCAGAACAUUAUGUACGCCGUCAUCCGCCAGACGGGCUACGCCUCCAGCUUGUUCUUCGUGAUGUGGAUCAUCAUUGGCCGUUACAUCUUCCUAACCCUGUUCUUGGCGGUGACCCUUGAGGCGUUUGAGGCCAAGUACGACCCCAACGCGGUGCGGAUGGGUGCCAACAAGACCGGCAUAUCCUCGGUGCUGGGCAGCCUGCGGUCCGGUCUGUCCAGCCUGCGCUCGGGCAUGAACAGCGUGCGCAGCUCCAUGCGCGGCAGCGGCAAAGGCCGCUCGCCGCCCGACAGCCCGCACGGCCGCAAGGGCGGCGGAGGCGAAGGCCCCAAGGGCGGUGCAGGCGGCGCUGUGACAACCGCUGCGAAGCAGCCGGAACAGGGCAAGGUACCAGCGGGGUCGGGCGGCAAGGUCACUCCUGCCACGGAGGUGCCCAGCAACAUCGACGACACCAGGUCGGACAGCGAGAUAGGCCGCGACUCGGAACCCGUGCCUCCGCCCUCGGUCCUGCGGCCCGGCAUUGGCUACAUGGCAGAUGCACAGGCGGCUGCAGCAGCUGCAGCGGCGGGCAACCCCGAAGCCCCACGCGUCAACCUGAAGAGGAUGUACACCAUUAAGGAGUGGAUCGACACGGGCAACUUCGAAGUGCUCAAGGAUGGCGGGGCUAAAGACGGAGCAGCCGCUCCGGCAGCCGACGGAGCUGCUGCAGCGGCAGCUUCGCUAAGCGCUGCCGGCGCCGCGGAUGCGCUGAAGGCGGAGCCGUCUACCGCCCGGUCCCUGAAACGGGAGCCCAGCGCGCGAUUGACUGGCCCUUCUGAGCCAGUGGCAGAGGGCGGCAGCAAUAAGCCUGCUCGUGGCACGUCCAUCAUCGAUGAUUCGGCUGCGCAGAGCCUGGCGUCAUCAGAUGCGGCGGGCGGCAACUCAGCUUCUGGGGAGGCCAAGGAUGUUGGUGCCACCAACGGUCCUGCACGCCCAGUGGCGGAGGGAACGGAGACUAUCCGGCCCGACCCGACUGCGCUCCCUCCGUCGAGCUCCGGGGGCGGCGGCCGCUCCAGCCUCACAGGCUUGCGCAGCAACGGCGGCAGCCCCUCGCCCACGUGGGCCGGCACCGGCAGCCGGGGCCGGCUGGAGAGCAUCAACCGCAACAUCCGCCGCAGCCUGGAGGGCUUCGCAGCGGAGGCCGACGAGGAGGAGGGCGGGGACGGCGACGCGGCCGCCGGCCCCAGGCGCCACGUGCUGCGCGGGCCCUCACCGCUGGGCGGUUUCGCGCCCUCCAGCACCGCGGCCGGCAGCAGGAACAGCGCGUCUGGCAUGGCCGCCGGCAGCGAGCUGAUCCUCACACAUGGCCGCAGUAUGCGGUUGGGCGCAGGCUCCCCCAGCAAUUGGGGUCGCUCCUCCAUUGACUUGGGCGCCUCCCGCAGCAGCUCACGCAACCAGACCGAGCCUGCAGUGGCUGAGGGCGGCCGCGCAAUGGAGUCGGCGCAGGGCAACCGAAGUCACAGCCUGGCGUUACGGCAGCCCCCGAACUACGUGCCGCCACCGUCAGCGCCCGCCCCGCUUCGCGGCGGUGGCCUGAGCCCCGACCUGAUGCGCAUGGCCGGCUCGUUUGGCGACGACAGCAGCACCGACGACGACGAUGCAAAGCCCGGGGCGGGUGGUCCGGCCGGAGCUGCCACAGCCAAGACGGCCGCACCCGUGCUUGCAACCGCAGGCAGUCUGAACACGCCUGGGCUGCGCUCCUCGGCCACCACCACUGUCACCACCGCAAGCGCGGCGGAAGCCCAGAAGCUGCAGCAGCAGCAACAGCAGCAGCCGCUGGUUACUGUAGAGUCGUCAGAGGACCCGUUGGGCAGCUUCAUGGACCCGCUGCACCUGGCGCAGCCGCACGCGGGCCAGCCGAGUGCAGCCGGGGCCGCGUAUGGCCCUGCUGUGGCCGCCACUUCGUCCAUCUUCUUGCCCAGCAAGCCCCUGCCUGCGCCGCAGGCCUAUGGCAUUCUGCCCGGGUCCCCGCAGCCGCAGCUGUCGUUGGGGCUGCUGAGCGAGCCGGCCAGCGGCAACGAUGUGGUCAUGGCCACGUUUGGCGAUAUGUCGUCCAUCUUCGCGCAGCCACACGCCGAGCCGCAGCAGCCGCAGCCGCAGACCCAGACCCAGCAGGCGCCCCCCGUGAACGCCAGCCGCUUGUCGUACGAGCUGGAGGGCGUGGAUGCGCUAGCGGGCUGGGCAGGCUCGGCUGGAAAUGCGCACCGUGCGCGGCGCAGCAGCACGACUGUACCGCGCCGCCACGGCGGGCCAGCACCCGCUGCGGCCGCCGAGCCGCAGGCUGGCGACAGGGGCGUGGGCAGCGGUGCCGCCCCCGGCAGCGCUGAGGACGAUCACCUUAUGGCGCUGGCGGGCGAGCUGGCGGCAGCGCUGAAGGAGCAGAGCGUGCCGCAGCCGGCGGCGCCUGGUGACAGCGAUGCGGUUGCGGCCUUCCGCGCGCAGACGCUGAGCGCUGAGCCAAGCGCUAUAACCACUGGCGGCGCCGUGGGGUGGACGUCCGCGUCAGAGACGACCAGCAUGCAGCCCACACCGCGGCUGAAGGAGCCCGAGGCUGCGGCAGCCGCACAGCCGCACGCCGACCGGCCUUCGGCCGUGCCUGCGCUGCACCUGGAGCGUGUGGCCCACGGCGCGCCCAGCACAGUGCCCCACGCCACAGCUGCCGCGGCUGCUGCAGCUGCGGCCAGCUCCGCCUUCGGCAGCAGCGGCAGCAAGGCCUCGGAGGUUGUCCCGCUAGGUGCUGCGUCGCUGCAGGACAGUGCACACAGCAUGAGCGCCUCAGACCUGCUCGGCUCCGGCCGCCGUGUCAUUCGUGCCGGCGGCGGUGCAGAGGGCCUGCUGCCUAAGGCACCCUCUACCCGGCUUCCGCCGGGCGAGGAGACGUUGCAGAAUCUCGAUGCGUACCUGCCCCCAGGCGAGGCCUUGUCGCGUGCUGCCACCUCCAAUUUGGCCGCGCGGGACGCGGACGUGAAGGAGGCGGCUGCCGCCAGCGGGCUUCUGGCCGACACGCUGGGUGAGCGCAUCCGCACUGCUGCGGCGGCGGCGCGGCACACCCGUGGGCAGACGCAGGAGGAAGAGGACGAGCUGAUCUUCGGGCUGCAGCCCAUCCGGGGCAGCAAGGACGCUAGCCGCCGGUCGUCGCAAGAUGACGGUGCGCCACGCCGGCCCGGCAGCGGCCGCAGCGGCCGGGACCAGAAGACGCCCUCGCCGGGGCCGGGCGGUGGCAAGGGCGACGACGAGGAUGGCGAGGAUGCCGGCCGCCAAGGCGACAAGGGUCCGCCCCUGCAGCGCAUCUCCGAGUCGGGCAGCGUUGCAUCCCGAGCGGACUCGGUGAACAGCCACGUCUCUGCCGGCAGCCGCGCGUCUAGCGGCGGCGCCACAGGCACCGACGACGAUGGCGACGAAAAAAGCGACAAGAAGCGCAAGCACUUCCGCAAGAAGCGGCGGGCCAGCAUCCUGAUUGAGGGCAGCGGCAAGGCUUUCUGGAUCUGGGAUGAGGACCACCCCUGGCGCGAGAAUACGUACUGGCUCGUGACGCAUAAGCGCUUCGAGUACACUAUGUUCGCGGUGAUCCUGGCCAACUGCGUCACACUGGCGCUGGAGAACCCCUACAUCGUGCCGGGCUCGCCGCUGGACCAGGCGCUGGUUUGGUCCAACGUGGGCUUCACUGUCAUCUUUGGAGUUGAGGCGCUGCUCAAGUCUUUUGCAUAUACCUUCACCGCCUACAUCAAGCGCGUCACCAACCAGGUGGACUUCCUUAUCGUGGUGUCGUCCGUCGUGGAGAUCAUCCUGCUCACCAUCACCACCUCCGUGGGCGCCGUGUCGGCGCUGCGCGUGUUGCGCGCCUUCAAGCCGCUGCGGCUGCUGACGCGCAGCGCGGGCAUGCGGCUGGUGUUCAAGAGCGUGACCAUGUCGCUCAUGUCAAUGGCCAACGUCAGCGUGGUGUGCAUCCUCUUCUUCCUCAUCUUCGCCAUCCUGGGCGUGCAGCUCUUCAGCGGCCGCUUCUACAGGUGCAAUGAUGACACAGUGGCCGGCCAGACCGAGUGUGUGGGCAACUUCACGGACCCGCUCACCAACAGCACCCUGGAGCGCCACUGGAGCAACGACUUCCCCAACUUCGACAACACAGGCAACGCGCUGCUGUGCUGCUUCAUCACCGCCACGCUGAACGGCUACACCGAGAUCAUGACAAACGCCAUGUCGGCGCCGCAGGAUGUGGGCUUGCAGCCCAAGCAGUUCAUCAACCCAGGAGCGUUCUUCUGGUUUUUCGGAUUCAUCGUGGUGUGUGCCUUCACGUUACUGAACCUGUACGUGGGUGUCAUCUUCAGCCAGUUCAGUAAGAUCCGCAUGCUCAGCGAGACCGGCUCCGCCUUCCUUACCAACGACCAGAACGAGUGGGCGGAGCUCACCAAGAUGGUCUUCAGGCUGAAGCCGCCCGAGAAGUCGCACCUGCCCACCAGCCGGCUGCGGCGGUUCUGCUACCAGCUGGUUCACCACAAAUACUUUGACAUAUUCAUCCUGACCAUCAUCCUCAUAAACGUGGGCUUCUUGGCCGCCACCUGGUACGGCGAGCCACCCAGCUACACGCGGCAGAAGGAUCUGGCCAACAUUGUCUUCAUGUCGGUAUUUGCCGCGGAGGCCGUGGUGAAGAUCUUCGCGCUGGGCUGGAUGGGCUACAUCAAGGUGUCCUGGAACAAGCUGGACUUUGUGCUGCUGGUGCUAGGCCUGCUGGACCUAGUGGUGUCCAUGCUGCAGAGCAAUUUCCUUCGCAUCCUGCGAGUGUUCCGGGUGCAGAAGCUCAUCGCGCUGGUGCGCGUGGCGCGCUUCGCGCAGCUGGUCAAGAGCGUCAAGGGCAUCCAGUCGCUGUUCUCCACGCUGGUGUACUCGCUGCCGGCGUUUGGGAAUGUGGGAGCGCUGAUUGGGCUGUUCUUCUUCAUGUACGCGUAUGUGGGCACCUUCCUGUUCGGCAAGGUGGUGGGGGGCGAGACGCUCAACCGCUCCGUCAAUUUCCACGACUUCUUUCAGUCGCUGCUGGUGCUGACGCGUGUGGCCACGGGUGACAACUGGACGGGCGUCAUGUUCGACUGCAUGGUCAUGCCCCCCGACUGCGACCGCGCCGAGGGCAACUGCGGCUCCUACCUGGCCAUCCCCUACUUCCUGUCCUUCUUCCUCAUCAUCUCCGUCAUCCUGCUCAACCUCUUCACGGCCGUCAUCAUCGAGACGUUCGAGAAGACGCACGAGCAGGAGGAGUGGAAGCUGAGCCCGCAGGCGCUGGAGGACUUUGUUACGCUGUGGUCCGAGUAUGAUGACGGCAGCGGCACCAUCCAGCCCCGCCACCUAGAGGAGCUGCUGCUCAAGCUGGACCCGCCGCUGGGGCUGGGGGCGUACGCCGACAACAAGGACGUGCUGCGGUUCGUGUACGACCUGGACAUCCCGCUGGUGAACGGCCGCGUGCCCUUCCACAAGACCGCCUUCGAGCUGGUCAAGCGCUGCAGCCAGGCCACCAUGCCCGAGGGCGCCAUCAAGGAGCAGAUUGACAGGCUUGUAGACAAGUUUUUCCACGAGCUGACGGCGCAGGAUGAGAUGCUCAACUUCAGUGUGGCCAUCACCGUCAUGAAGGUGCAGCGCAAGUGGCGCACGCGCAUGCGCGCCGCCAAGCUGCGCCGCAAGAACCAGUGGCGCAAGGACCGCCGCGACGCGCCGUCCUACUUCGAUGUCUCCACCAACAAAGUCAGCGUCGGCGAGAAGUACGAGGCGUACCGCGACGCGCAGCGCGAGGUGGCCAAGACCUGGGAGGCGGCGCAGGUGGCCUCCAACAAGAAGGUGGACAAGGCCGAGCUGGCGCGCCGCUCCGAGCCGCGCUGGCGCUUCAACCCCAAGUACGCGCCGCCGUCGGUGGUUGCCGCCACCACCGAGAAGACGGGGCUGCUGGGGUUGGGCAAGCGCGCCAUUAACGUCAACAAGCUGGUGGGGCUGUUCGGCCUGCGCGGCGGGCUGUUCGGAGACGGCGGUGACGCCGACAAGGGCGGCCGGCCGCCGGCAGCGGAGUUCCCUGGUGGCGCUUACGCGAGCGCGCCCGUGCUGCCGCUAAGCUCGGGCAUGGCGGGGACGGAGCCUGGCGCGGCGUGGCCGGCGGCGAGCCAGCUGGUGUCGCAGGGGAUCAGCCCGCACGCACCCGAGCCCAUAAGUCCUCUGCCGCGCCUACUGCGUGCCUUCACACUCACCACCGGCCAGCUCAACUUCCGGACUAGCUACAACGGUGGCGGCGCCUUGGCCACAUCAGACGCGGCCGCCGUGACCGGCCGCGUGGGCACAGGGAUCAGCAUGUCUGGGGAUGUCGGUGCUGGUUGGAGCAGGCAGGCGCCACGCCGCGCAGCAACUGCGCUGGGGCCUGGCUUCGUGGAGGCGGACAAGGAGCGCUCAGUGCGCAGCGGGGCGUUGGGUGGACUGGUAGGUUUGUUCCGCGGGAACAUCAGCAAUAGUGGUGGUGCCGCCGGGGGGAGUGGCUUGGCAAGUCGGUCACACAGUGUCCUGGGCGCGCAACCUGUGUCGCGUAAUUAAGGUCGCGACAUUACCUGGCGAAAGUGUGGGCGGGUAGGGUAGUAUGGACUGGGGUAGUGUACGACAGUCCUCGAUAUUGUUGUUUGCAUUGGUCAUUCUUGCUGGACCGUGUAUCUUACGUUCACGGAGGUAAACAUAGGCCGGCGGCCCGGAACUACUAUUCAUUCAUGUUCAUGUGCACACCGGGGCCGAGCCAUACGAAUGAGCGAAUCCAUGCAGCGCAGUGUGUGUGGCGUGCGGCGCGGGAUGCCUCAACAAACGAAUGGUGGAGCUUCUUGUCUGGACGACAGGUUCCAAGAGAAUGCGGUGUAUUGAUGCCAGAGCACUGAAUCGAGCGCGCGUUGCUGCAUGAUGAUGCGAGCGUACGGGCGCGAUGUGUGGCGUGAAAGUAGGGAGCUGUUCGGUCCCGUCGCUAAAUGGUGGCCGCUCCUUGUGGGUGGGCGCGGCGCCUGGACGAGGGGGGCCCUGAGAACCCGGUUAACCUCGACACGAGGAGAAGAUGAAAAGGCCGUGGAUGUGUCAUCGCGCAAUAGCCUGGUGCCGAGUCUCCUUUGAGCCCUUCUCAAUGAGCAGCCCGUCCAUCCAAGCGUUUGGGGAUGCAUUACUUGUCGGACCCCCUUGCAGGCACGGUCAUUUCUUGGGCAGGUGGCUGCUGGAAUGCCGGCGCCGUGUGCUGUGAGCGUGUCGCUACGUCGUGUGCUGGUUCGUGGCAGUGCCACGGGUACAUCCGCGAACGGCGCCUGACGCGUCGGUUCAUGGAUUGUUCCUCUAACACACUUGCAGCUAGUUAGGUCUAGCCCCCACGCUGCGCCUUAGGUAGUCUGGAGGUGUGAGGGCCGUUUCCGGGACCCAACAACAUGUAACGCGACGUGACCCC